UAAGGCUGGCAGACGCACAUUACACACUGAGCUACUGUCUGAACCAUCAUGAUCUCAGAAUGGGUCUCAUUUAUUAUGUUUUACCUGCUCGCUGCUGUUUUCAGUGCAUUUCUUGCAUAUUGUCUGUAUGUAAGACAUGUUCAUCAGAAAUAUGAUCACAUACCUGGACCUCCAAGAGACAAUUUUCUGCUGGGGCAUUUACCGUCUUUCAGAAGAUCGACGAAAUCGCAAAGUAUUAUACACGACCUUCUUCUUCAAUGGGGAGAAAAAUAUGGCCCUGUCUACAGGAUGAACAGUUUUCAUUAUGUCAUGAUCAUGGUUCAUUGUCCUGAGGCUACAAAGACAGUCCUGAUGUCACCUAAGUAUCUCAAAGAUCCUUUUGUCUACAAACGCCUCUUUAACUUGUUUGGAAAAAGGUUCCUGGGGAACGGGCUGAUUACGGCUGGGGACCAUGACACCUGGUACAGGCAGCGUCGCAUCAUGGAUCCUGCCUUUAGCAGCUCAUACUUACGAGGCUUGAUGGGCACUUUUAACGAGAUGUCGGAGCGCCUAAUGGACAAGCUGGAGGAAAUAGCAGAGACGAAAACACCUGCCGUCAUGCACGACCUGGUCAACUGUGUCACACUCGAUGUCAUUUGCAAGGUGGCUUUCGGUGUCGAUUUGAAUUUCUUGAAGCAAACUGACAGCCCCUUCCAGAAUGCAGUAGAGCUGUGUUUAAAAGGCAUGGUGUUGGAUAUCAGAGACCCAUUUUUUAGACUUUUUCCCAAGAAUUGGAAGAUUAUACAGCAAGUUAAAGAUGCAACUGAACUCCUGCGUAAAACAGGAGAAAAAUGGAUACAAAACAGGAAGACAGCAGUAGAAAAUGGAGACGAUGUACCGCAAGACAUUCUCACACAAAUCCUCAGAACGGCAGAGGAAGAAAAAGUUACUAACGCUAAAGAUGAUGAGCUGAUGUUGGACAAUUUCGUGACUUUCUUCAUUGCUGGGCAAGAGACCACAGCAAAUCAGCUCUCGUUUGCAAUCAUGGAAUUAGGGAGACAUCCUGAGAUAUAUAAACGGGCUAAAGCAGAAGUGGAUGAAGUUCUUGGGACAAAGAGAGACAUUUCAUAUGAAGACCUUGGGAAAUUCACUUACUUGUCUCAGGUCUUGAAGGAAACACUGCGACUGUACCCCACUGCUCCAGGUACCAAUCGCUGGUUGCAUGAGGACAUGGUUAUGAAUGGGCUCAAAGUCCCAGGCGGCUGCUCUAUUGUUUUAAGUUCUUACGUCUCUCAAAGACUGGAAAAGUUUUUCAAAGAUCCGUUGAAGUUUGAUCCUGAGAGAUUUGAUGUGAAUGCCCCCAAGCCUUAUUACUGCUACUACCCAUUUGCACUUGGUCCACGAAUCUGUCUAGGGCAGGUCUUCUCACAGAUGGAGGCUAAAGUUGUGCUUGCCAAACUGCUUCAGAGAUUCGAGUUCAGUCUGGUUCCCGGACAGUCUUUCAGCAUUAAAGACACUGGAACUCUACGCCCCAUGAGUGGAGUGAUCUGCAACAUUAAACCAUAUCCUGCUUUUUGCCUCUCAUCCCUGAACCUGCUCAGAUCCGCUCGGAUCAUUUCUUCACACAGCAGUUCAGAGGAAGAGCAGAACCCGAGAGAGACCCUGAACAUCGACACACGAGACUGUUCCUCUGUAAGAGUCAUGAUGGCAAAACACUGUCCUAACGAUGACCUGAGUAAGAUCUCUGAUGAUGAACUGAUCCGAUGGAGCAAAGAGGACUUGAUUAAGAGGCUGAGAAGGGUUGAUGGCGAGAAGAUGAGCCUGAUGCUGGAACAUGGGAACAUGAUGAAGGACAUCAACCGCAGACUGCAGGUGCACCUCCACGAGAUCCGUAAUCUAAAGGAUAUCAACCAGAAACUGCAAGAUGAUAACCAGGAGCUCAGGGAACUCUGCUGCUUUCUCGACGACGAUCGGCAGAAAGGUAAGAAGCUGUCUCGGGAAUGGCAGAGGUUCGGCAGGUAUACGGCGAGCUCCGUGUGGAAGGAGGUGAGCACCUAUCAGCAGAAACUCAAGGACCUGGAGGUCAACCAGGAGAACAUUCUUCGGGAGAAUGCAGAACUAAAGGAAAUCAUUCUCAUGUUGGAUGAAGACAGGAAUGGAGCGGGAUCAAGGAGUUCUAUUGACAGCCAGUCCAGUCUGAGCAACCUAAAUGGAGGUUCGGGAACUGUGAGAGAUGUUGGUGACGGGAGCAGUACCUCCAGCGGUGGAAGUGCUGGAAGCCCAGACCAUCAUCUUAAUCAUAUACACAAGACUGUAGAAACCAAGGUUGGCACCAUAAGACGAUCGAUGGAUGAUCUCUCCGCUCCACAUCAUCACAGGAGCAUCCCCAACGGACUCAAUGAUGCAUCCUCAAACUACAUUCGCCAGCUGGAAACCAAGGUCCGGAUUCUAGAGGACAAUAACAACAAACUUCUGUCACAACCCUGUAGCCGUUAUAGCUUAUCAAAGCUGUCCAUGAAGUGUACCCCAGGAGACCUGCGUGUCCUGCGCAAAGGCACGACCCUGUACCGCUCCGAGUCGCAGCUGUCCUCGCUCCCCCAGAGGCAGGAGGCUCUGCUGAAUGGAACUGGACGACUACAGACCAGUGAAUCUUCUCCCUCCACUGGGUUUAUCUCAUCUGUACAGAAACCUGAAGCUGUGGUUCAUGCAAUGAAGGUCCUGGAGGUCCAUGAUAAUCUGGACAAGAAGCUUCCAGAAGAAAGCGAAGAAGACCUGAAUGAGAACGAGAAAGCCAUAGUGCGAGAGAUGUGCAACGUGGUGUGGCGAAAGCUGGGCGACGCAGCUGGAUCAAAGCCAUCUGUCCGACAGCAGCUCUCUGGGAAUCAGUUCAAAGGUCCUCUAUAGCAGCUCGAGCACACGAGGAACGUCCCUCCUCCUGUUCACCCAACAUGAAACUCCAGCAGGGCCAAACUGAGAAACUGCUCACAGCAACAACGGGCAACACGAACACUCCCGUCCACAACCAUCU